GUUUUAAACUGUUUUUGAGAUGGUGGCAAGGUUUAAAGUGAUUUUAAAUUGAUUUUAUCAGCAUCUGAAUGUGAUUAAACUGAAAUGGAAAUUGUGAUGGUUUUUAUGAGAAUUUCACUGUUUUUCUGAAAUUGAGCAUGAUUGGGGUGAAAAUGGGAAUUUCAUUGUUUUCUGGAAUUGAGCAUGAUUGAAAUGAAAAGUGAGAAUUUCAUUGUUUUUCUGGAGUUAUUGCACCGAGCAUGAUUGGUUUGAAAUGAAACUAUUUUCAUUGGUAUUGAGUAGAGCAUGCCUAUUUGGAAUUUACUGAACUGUUUUGAUGAACUGAGAGUUUACAAAUUCUGAGUUUUCUGAUAAAUCCAUGCCCACAUGGAAAUUUUCCGGUUUGUUUUGAAAUUUGGGAUUGAUUGUGAAAUUUGGGUUUUCUGUAAACUCUGCAUGGUUUUGUCUCGGAUAUAGUCAUGAUUACUGAUUACUGAUUACUGUGCCCGCUAGUGGGAGGUUUAUAAACGCUAGCACAUGUCGACAUGUAUUUCUGUAGAAUCGGUUCACCCUACCAAUGGGGUUAAACACUGGCACCAUUACUGUCGCCUGCCAGUGGGAGUUGUUAAACACUGGCACUUCUGUAACCUUGCCUAUGGGGUUAAACAUUGGCAACUAUUGUGCCCGCCAGUGGGAGGUUUAUAAACGCUGGUCAUGACUUAUAGAUGAGACUACUGAACUGAGUUUUAUUCUGCAUUAACGGUUUACCAUUGAACGUUCUGUUAUAUGAAACUGUUUAUCUGGCAUGCUAAAAGUUUUACCCAAGGGCUAUCCAUAUUUACUUACUGAGUUAUCUCAUAGUUUUCCCUUGUCCACCAUUUUAGGAAGCGAAACCGAGGACGGGGAAACUGAAGGGAGUGACGAGUUAGAAGGCUAGCCAUUCUAGUUGGAUAUAAGUUUUAAAUUUUAUCAUCCUUUUGUAAGUGAGAUUUUAUUCUUGAGAUUUGUGAUUUGAAUAAGUUCCGAGCCUUGUG